AUGGCCUCUGAGUCAAUAGCCAAGUCGCCAAGUAAAUUAAGUCAUAAAGGGUGUGAAGCCCAAAAGGGUAUGGCUUUUGCGCCGAUUCGGUCUGAAAGCGGUUAUAGACUUUGCCCAUUUUGGACAGGAAUCUCGUAGUCUCGUUUUCGCAACGUAUGAACGUAUUUUUCAUUUCAAUUCCCAAAAUUCCUCCCUGGUUUUGUUUUCUUUGGCAAAUUAAAGAUUUUGUUAGCUAAACCUCAGAAAGAAAAAGUAAAGAUAGAAAAAAAUUGAAAAGGAUUCUGGUCUCAGUAGUAAAAAGACGUCAUCGCGCAAAUGGCCUUUCAGCUGGGGGAUCAAAUAUUAUCGGGAAACGGCAAAAUAUUUUGAAUGAAUAAUAGCGUCUUUUUGAUACUGGCCCCAAAGGAAUUUAGCAUGUUUUGCUACCCAUUAGAGGCCUCCUCCGGCCUACGAAAAACAACUGAGAGAUUCUACGGGAAGCAAAUCGUACAGAUUCCCUUGGGCUUGUUAAAGGUACCUAUUAUUCCCUGCUGCCAAUCCCAGUUGGACUAAUCACGUGGUCGGACCAGUUAUCUCAGAAACAACACUGAAAUGUGGGAGCCUGGAAACACACCGAAUAUUCAGAAUGCAAGUUUCAACUUCAAACGUAUUGCCCCUUGACUAGCAACACGUUAAGAAAUAAAGGAACGACUGAAGAAAACGCUUUGGUUUUGUCAAGAGAAAUUUCUAUUAUGAGACUACAUUUGUUUUACAUGUUUAGAUGACUAAAUCAGGAAAAACCAGAAAAGAUAAACAGUGGAUAUGGUACUUUUUUGUUUGACUUAUUCCAAAAACUUGAAUCAAAUGCCUUCGACGAAAUUGUUUACUUUACAAAUUUAUCAUUUGGUUACUUUAUAGUCGUCCGUUCAAGCUGAGAUAAAAACAAUGAAAAGUGGGUUUAAAAAGUACCGUUGUGCUGGCAUUUUCCUUGUUUUACGCUAACCAUUCCUUAUCUGUUAAUUACUUGUAUUAAAGAGGUGGCACAGUUCAGUUAAAAAGUUUCACAGCCCUUACAACACAAUGCACGCAUGCCAAACUCAAAGCAAAUGCCUAGUGUUUACGCGCGAAAUAAUCCACCAGAGUGUUACUUAUAGGCACCGAACCACCACUGAGUGGUAGAGUCACCAUUCAUUGUACAAGUAAACUUGGGGUUUGUAGUGUGGUAAAAGCCAAAGUUAUCCUCGCUGCUAACUGCGCCAACGGUGGGAUCAAACUGGCAACCUUUUUCAGAACUGUCGAUAUGAGUAGUGUAAGUAGCAGCAACCUGCCAGAACUUGGCAGUCUUGUGAAUUCCAGUAUGACCACGAAUGUUGACAAGCUCGGUCUUAAGGCAAACACCAGCACCAAGGAAGGCAAAGAUGUCAGCCUCCGCAAACUUCCCACGGACGUAAUCUUUGUAGUUGUUGAUGCCGUACUUAUCAUAACUGCACGUGGCUCGCCAGUGGGUGGAUACGUCCCUCAGUGACUUCAUUCUGUCCACUGUCAGCCGGUAAAGGAACCAGUUAGGGGAGUUUUCGUUCACAGGAUCGUUGAUUGACAAGGGAGUUGUCCUGUCAAUGAAAACAAAAUUGUUCAAAGUUACAGUAUUUUGAAGAGCCCGUUAGACAUACAAAUAGCCAUGCAUGUUUUCUUUUUUCCUUCCCUUUUCUUUUUUUAAUGCAAUUAUUAAAAUCAGAGAUGUGAGAUGUUUUUGCUUAAAAAAAGGCUGUGCGAGCGUAUCCUCAGCCUAUGGCCGUUUUUUUCCAAUUCUCGUUUGAGGUGACACUGCGACUUCAGAUAACCACAAAGGGCUGUGGGAGGGACGUAGGAGUGCAGUAACAGCGAUUAUCACACAAUUUUACUUUUAUUUUGCUCAUUUGAAAAGUACCUAAAGUUCGAGAAUAGCUUGUUUUUGAAGCUCCAAGACGUGACAAGUGUUCAGGCCGCCCCAGGUUCUGUUUCCAUGUCACAGAACACGGUGAAUCCAUUCCCGGCAGCAUCGUAAAUCUUGUAGUAGCCGCAUUUGUCUGCACCAUUCUUUAGAUGGUCUACGCAAGAUCGAGGUUUGGUCUUGUUUGCGUUUUCUUGGCACGCUUUUUCCUACCAAUAACAAGGAAGUUGUUCGAUUUAGCUGUCUGUCUCUAACAGCUCCUAAAACCUGUCCCCUAGGUUCAGAAUUCAGUCAGAAUAUUAUUAGGCUAUCUGAUGUUUUUCUUACCAGACACCAAGAUAUUUUAUGUAUCAACAGAGUUGCUAUCAAAGACAGUCAUUUCUUCAUUGAUGUCCCUGUCUUGACUUCUUUUUCCUCCCAAAUCAAAGUAAAAGGCAGAAGGACCGCCUAAUCGAACGUUUUCUAUCGGUCUGACAACCUGCUCAAUUGAUUCAAAAGUGACCAAGAGUUAGCUAAGAGUUUGUCUGUUAAACUGGCUGCUUCCAAUCUCAUUUUCCUUUACGUGUUGUCAGAUAUUCAUAGUCUAUUCCUUUCUUGAUUUCAGUGUCUGAAGGACACUUCUUUCGAUCUGUCUGUCACUGCGCAUUUUAGUAAGACACAAGCUAGGGAAAGUUCUAAAUGGUUAGAGAGUCACUUAUCUAUCCAUCAGAUCUCUCUGAGUGCCUAUAGUGACUAUCUGUACGCCCCCCUGUCUGUCUGUCUCUGUACGUUUAGUCUGUCUGUGUGGUCUUUUAUUUAAUUAUUCACUGUGUACUAAAUUACGUCUCACCUUGCUGCGGGAAGUUUGUGCUGGGUCCAUUUGUUUUUUAACGGCUUCUUUAAUAUUGUAAGUCUUAGGGACAUAAAGAAGAAAAAGUUGGAAAAAUGUAGUUUAGCGAGUCGUCUGGCUAAGGAGGCGUUAUCACAAAGACAGAAGCUACUUAUUAAUAAUAGAGUGGGCGGGAGACAAAUGCAAGCACAAGCUCUGCGUGUGUCCCUCUUUGUACUAGACUGCAACUUCUUUCCAUUCUUCCUUUUUCUUUUCUUUUGUUUGAAUCUUAUAUCAAGUCGUGAACAAAAGCACAUUGCAACUAAAUUCAUUAAAGCCUGAUACGCCUGGGGGUCGGUAAUUCGUAUAUGAUUUUAUAUGCGAUGACUAAGAUGAGAUGGUGAAUUUUAAACCUGGUGAACACAUAUGACAAUGAUGUUCUUUUCAAUCUGUGAUACAGGUAGCGCUGUAGAGGGCUGGGUCGAGUACGGGGAUGUUUCCUUCCAACCUGCUCCCCUCAAUGGCCCCUCUGACCCCCAGCCGAGCUCAUAAGUAGGGUCAAUCGGCUCCUGGAAGAUUGUAUCUCAGGCCCCUGGGGGGGGAGCAGUCUUAUCCCCAUUUCGUCCUAAAAAAAGGAACUAGGUGACUGGAUCACGUUUCCCACAAAUUGUAUGUUCUAAAAUUAAUAUUGUUAAUAAACUGAAGAAAGCAUCAUUGUAUUGUUUACCAUUGCUCCUUGGCAAAUAACAGCCAGAAGAAAAAUACAAACUAAACACAACUUCAUGAUGGCCUCCUGCACUGUCAUAGGAUAACGGAGUGGACUUGUCGGACUCCCUGUGAGUUCACUGAAAGCGAAAAAGAAAAUUGCAGUGAAUUUUCAUUACCGCAGGUAUACAGUAUAUUUUAAAAGUCUGGACUGAGAAAAUGUCAACCGAUUUUUCAAUCUUUUUAGUACGUUUUCAAAUUGACGCGAACAAAACCAAUUUGUUUUAAAUUGAUCGUUUUGGUGAGUACUCAUUAACAACUUUUAGGUCUCUUUGCAGUGUCUAAUGCUCCAAAAAAACAACAAUUGAAAGUUCUAUAUGGCCCUUUAAUACUGGACAGGCAAGCAUCUAGUAGCUCUGAUUGCAAUUGGCAUCUUAUUUUUUAUACCUAUGUAACAGUAUGGCCUAAUAGAGUAAUAGAAUAAAACGUAGGGCCAGCUUGAACAUUGAAGUAAAGUGCGAUGAUUGACAUUGAGGUACAGUUCGUACAUAUAAGACACUGCAGAGAAACCCUCUCCGAAUUCAGAAUUGCAUAGUUGAGGCUCGAUCGGCUACAAUGUAAGCUUCAACUUGUUUACUGCUCGCAAUUUUUUCUACUUAAACGAAAACAAAACAAGGAAGGCAAACCCUUGAAGAAGAACAUGUGUUUGAAUUUAAGAAAUAUAUGAUGACCAAUUUAGGUACCCCUUAUUUUUAGGCUUCUAUAGAAUACUUACCCACUAGUAAGCCUCCAAUGCUAGUGAGAUAGAAGGGGUGACCCUGUUGCCUUUAUACAGCUAGAUAAUGAUCACAUUUACGGCUUAUAUUGGUUACUUUCAGAGGGCGGAGCCAUCAUAUUUGGUAUAAUGAUGGCUCAUAUUAAUUAUCCAUAACCUCAUCUGCUCUAAAAUUAAACUUAAGUGCACUUUGUCCUUUCACCUGAUACUUGGCGGUUCUUGUGAAGAGCAAUACAGCGAAGAAUGCAGAUACUGAUCAAUUUAGGUGUUUGGGAAGCUUCCCACCUACCCCUCCCCUAACCAAAAUAUUUUGUCCUUAGUGGGAAGUAAGCGUUAACGUUGAGUUAGGGGAGGCAUAGGUGGGCAGUUUCCCUGAAGGCCUAACUUGAUCCAAAAUUUUCUUUGAUGUUCAUUGAUUGGUUAGAGGUCAGUGAAUGAGUUGGCCUCACGGUGUUGUAUGUUGAAGUAAAACUCUUCAUAAAGAUCCUCGACUGUAGACGUGACUCGAUCAUUUGUUAAAACCUUUGCUGCCUUCCCCCACCCCCUACUCCACGCCGUAAUUCAAGGAAACAUAAAGGCGUGAUCUCUGGCUUGAUAUUUGACUCACAAGGCAACAUUUUCCCAGAACGUGUACAAAAAAAGCUGAAGUGCACUCAUAUAUAGGAAAUUUAUACGGAAUUUGCAUAGGUAAUAGCAUGAUUUGUGGUUGUAUUUCGAAAUUGUCACUCGUAAUUUCACGAUCACGAGCCGUUAUAGGUGAGUGAAAUUUGAGACAAUUUUGAAAUAUCACGAGCGGUAUUUAUGCCAAAUAUCACGUACAAAUCAUGCUAUUAUUUGUUUAUACUACUACCCCCAAAAGCUUUGAAAUUUUCACGUGUAGGUUUUUCAAAUUAAGCUGAAGUACCACUACUCUAAGCCAAUCAAACUGCAGAAAUUUCUCAUUUAGUAGUAUAUAGUGUAUCUAUCUUAUAAGCCGGAUUCUGGGGACAACGAGACUAGCUGA